AUGGCUCGAAACAUUUCCCACGGCCGCGGCGGCGCCGGAAACAUCUACUCCAGCCAAACCCGCACAACCCCGCAGGACCUCGUCACGCCUACCAUCAAGCAGGACGUCUACACUACCGGCCGCGGCGGCUCAGGAAACAUGGUUCAUAAUGACCCCAAACACCCCGAGCUUGCGCGCGAAAGUCAGGAUGUUGAGACCCCGCCUGUGCGCAUCCAGGAGGGGGCACACCAUACUGGUCGUGGUGGUGCCGCGAACCAGUAUAUCCCCAGCGCGGAAGAGGAGAAGAAGGCCCGUGAGGAGGAGGAACAAUUACGUCGAGUUGUGACGGCGAGGGCGGAGCGCGAGCAGCAGCAACGGCCGCGGGAUAUCGAGGAGGGGAAUGGGAAUGGAAAUGAGAAUGCAAAGGCCUAG